AGAUCGCCUGUAGACAUUAUCGACGGCAUGGCGGCGCCAACUAUUGAAAAGGUUCAGGAGGUUAGAGAAGUUACAAGGAUAGAGCGCAUAGGUGCUCAUUCCCACAUUAGAGGCUUAGGGCUUGAUGAUGCAUUGGAAGCUAGACAAGUUUCCCAGGGGAUGGUGGGGCAGGUCAAAGCCAGGAAAGCUGCUGGUGUUGUCCUGGAAAUAAUAAAAGAAGGGAAAAUUGCUGGUAGAGGUAUACUUAUAGCUGGUCAGCCUGGCACUGGUAAAACUGCUAUCGCUAUGGGCAUGGCCCAAGCUCUGGGCACAGACACCCCAUUUACCAGUAUUGCUGGCAGUGAAAUUUUCUCUUUGGAAAUGAGCAAGACAGAAGCGCUAACACAAGCUUUCAGGAAAUCUAUCGGUGUCAGAAUCAAGGAAGAAACUGAGAUUAUAGAGGGUGAAAUUGUAGAAGUCCAGAUUGAUAGACCAGCUACUGGAACUGGUGCUAAAGUUGGUAAACUUACGCUGAAGACUACAGAAAUGGAGACCAUCUAUCAGCUAGGUCAAAAGAUGAUUGAGUCGUUAACAAAAGAAAAGGCUCAAGCUGGUGACAUUGUGAUGAUUGACAAAGCCACUGGUAAAAUUACAAAACUUGGACGAUCUUUUACUAGAGCUAGAGACUAUGAUGCAAUGGGAGCUCAGACAAAAUUUGUUCAAUGCCCCGAAGGAGAACUUCAGAAAAGAAAAGAAGUUGUUCACACAGUGACAUUACAUGAGAUUGAUGUCAUCAACAGUAGAACACAAGGGUUUCUAGCUUUGUUUUCUGGUGAUACUGGUGAAAUCAAGUCAGAAGUGAGAGAACAAAUUAAUGCCAAAGUGGCAGAGUGGAGAGAAGAAGGAAAGGCUGAGAUUGUGCCAGGUGUUCUGUUUAUUGAUGAGGUCCACAUGCUAGAUAUUGAAUGCUUCUCUUUCCUGAACCGAGCUCUAGAGUCAGACAUGGCUCCCAUACUUAUUAUGGCGACUAACAGAGGAAUCACAAGAAUUCGAGGUACCCACUAUAAAAGCCCUCAUGGUAUUCCCAUUGAUCUGCUAGACAGACUGGUCAUCAUUUCAACAAGUCCCUAUGAAGAGAAGGAAAUCAAACAGAUAUUAAAGAUUCGGUGUGAAGAAGAAGAUGUUGAAAUGACUGACGAUGCCCUGACUGUGCUCACACGCAUUGGUAUGGAGACCAGUCUGAGAUAUUCUAUUCAACUCAUCACAGCAGCUAGCUUGGUGUGCAGAAAAAGAAAAGGUUCAGAAGUUGAUGUGGAUGACAUAAAGAGAGUUUACUCGCUGUUCUUGGAUGAAUCUCGGUCAACACAGUUCCUGAAGGAGUACCAACAGGAGUUUAUGUUCAAUGAUAAUACUGAUGAAAUGGAGACCAGCUGAGUGUUAACCACAAAACUUGUUUUUUUAAAACAUUCUCAUUGUUGAAAGAUCUGGAGUGUGUCUGUGAACAAUUGACUUCAAGUUUUCACUUCUUUUUUUUGUGUGUGCAUAUACUAUUUAAUUCCAUUUUCACUUUUUUUUUCCUACACAUGGAUAUGAUUUUAUACCAUGAAUUACAACAAAAAUAAUUUUUGUUUUCUAAAUAAAUAUCAAAUAGUGUAACAA